AAGAAGAGUUACAAAGAAAAUAAUAUUGACAAAACAGAAUACGCAACAUAGAGGAAGGAAAACAAACAAAAUAGUUUGUUGUGUUUUUUGAGGCGGUGCAACAAUGUCUAAAUCUUGUUGAAAUGAUAAUUGUUGGAAUCAAGCAUAUUUCGCUGUAUAUUUUCAUUGUAUUUAUAUACUCUAUAAUUUUGUUCUGUUAUGGCUUCUUUCCGUUAUCGUUCUCUCCUGCUACAAAAUCAGAUAUUUCCAAUCUACCCGGAUCGAUAGAUAAUGUCAAGCUCAACCCCGAGCAGUACAAAUCACGCCACUCCAAAAUAGUAUCUAUGAUCAUCGACGCGUUGCGAACCGAUUUUACCACAGAAGACGGAAACAUGAAGUUCCUUAACGAACUGAUUACCAAUGGAACUGCCUGCAAAUAUAAGCUACAAGUGCAUCCUCCGACAGUCACCAUGCCUAGGAUAAAAGCGAUGACGUCCGGAGCCAUCCCAAGUUUUCUCGAUGUUGUCUUGAACCUGGGAAGUCCCGAGAUGACACUGGAUACUUUCCUGUAUCAAAUGGUUCGCCAACGGCAAAAUAUAGUGUUUUACGGGGACAACACAUGGACGAAAAUGUUCCCAGCGAUGUUUCUUAGAAAAGGCGAGAAUGUGGAUUCGCUGUAUGUGAAUGAUUUCUAUGAGGGUGAUCGUAAUGUGACAGACAAGAUGCGCAGUGAACUUAACAAUUAUGACUGGAAGCUGAUGAUUCUCCACUUUCUAGGAUUAGAUCACAUUGGACAUGUUGAAGGUCCCUUUAGUGAUAAAGUGCCAACAAAGUUACACGAAAUGGAUAACGUGAUAAGUGAAAUAUACCAGGCGAUGAAGAUAUGGGACAAUAAAUUUCACACUAAAUCCCUACUGAUUAUUACGGGAGACCAUGGGAUGCGCGACUCCGGUGGCCAUGGUGGGUCAACUUUUCCAGAAACUCACGUUCCACUCGUAGUGGUUGGGAAUAAUUGCUCUAAAUGCGAUGAAACUUAUUUGCAAAUCGAUUUGGCGCCGACUUUUGCAACGAUGUUGGGAGUGCCCAUUCCAUAUUCAUCCAUCGGCUCGCUAAUACAGCCACUCCUUAGCGGUGCUAAGCCAAUGGAGAAACUAUACGCCGUUCACUACAACACCAAAAGACUGAUAGAUAAAGUAUUGCCAUUUUAUGAUAACAACAUCAAGCAGCAAGAUUUUUUCAUCCUUUAUCAGGAUGCCAAACUAUUGCACGCAAUAUUUCUGGAGGAUUCGGAUGAUGAGACAAUCGCAAAGAAGGCCAUUGACAAAUAUGUGGCCGCAAGUCAGAAGCUGACGAAGAUUCUGAUAAAGAAUUACAUUCGAUACGAUAUGUUCAGUAUUAUGGUUGGAAUAAUUCUCGGUAUCUCGACCACGACUGUAUCGGUACUACUCUUGUUACUUCCACAAGAUGUGGAGAUGAUCCAGUUAGGAGUGAAGUCUCUCACCUGGGUGCCCAUGUUGAUUGUAGUGAUCGCAUGCAAACAUUUCCUUGCAUCACAUUCCACCAUUGAUUCUAGUCUUUUGAAGAAUAGCUAUAUAAGCCAUAUUUGUGCCAUGGCAGCAACUUGCUGCCUUUACGUCAAUUGGAGCAUUUUCCGCAGUUCUCUAGCAUUGAUAUCGAGAAGGACAUUUCCCGAGUUCAAAUUACGCUCGCUCGGGCUGUUGCUGUUGAUUGGAUCCAUUUUCCAUGUGCUAUCCUUAUCCAGUAGUUCGUUCAUCGAGGAAGAGCAUCAAACGUGGUACUACAUCACGAAUUCGCUCUUCCUCAUGUUAGCGAUGUUGGAGUUAAGAAUAAUGAAUCGGACCAUUGUCCAAAUAAGCAGCUCACAAAUGCACGAGAACCUGCUGGUGCACUGUCGGCGCGAAAGGCAAGAGUUUUGCAUCGGCGCCGUUUGUUUCCUUGCAGCUCACAUUGCUCUUAGACGCUGGAACCAAACAGGCGAUAAGUGGCAACAUAUCCCCGACGUGGGUGACUGGCUAGGGAGAACAGAGAACAAGUUUUGGUUAAGCCUAGUGUUGUUUUUCGGUCUGUGUUUCGUGUUGAUUGCCUUAGGUCACAUUUCGGGAUUUCUAACGACGAUACUGAGCAUGACAGCGUGUUUAUUGAUCUACUAUUACAGAUUGAUGACAGGAGUCGUCAGCUUAUUCGGGGUGGUUCCAUCGAGAACCACAGGGUGUCUCACCAUAUUCUGGAUCAAUCUAUGGGAAAUCUUCUUCAUCGGCUUCCUGCCAAAAAUCUAUCGAGCAUUGAUGGGCAAACCAGCGUUGAAAACUAGUCAAAUGUUAAUUAGCGUGAUAUCCGUAACUGUGCUUCUGUCGUCUCUAAUACACAAACCUCAUAAUGUUAUUCUGACGGCGGCUUUGCUUUCUUCGAGUCAAUAUAUAGUGAAACGGAUUGAUCACAUCGCGGACAGUAAGAGCGAGAACUUGAUUCUUAAAAUCGUCUUCCACAUUUGGCUCGGAAAGAUGUUUUAUUUCUACCAGGGCAAUUCAAACAAUUUGGCAACCGUUGAUCUCAACGCUGGAUACGUCGGACUGGACAGUUUUGAUUUCGUACGAGUUGGAAUGCUCCUGACAUUAAAUACAUUCAACGGUCAGAUACUAAGUUAUCUUAUGUUGAUAUACCAUCUCACGAAAGGAUGCCAAAAUGAACCAAAGAGUAAAGGUUCCAAGCUUGAGCAUAACCAAACACACAUUUUACAAUCGUUACUUAAAUGGCUCAAUGUACAAGUGAUUGUACCCUUAAUUUUUUACAUAGUCAUCGCAACCCUCAUGCGUAAUCACAUUUUCGUUUGGACUGUGUUUUCACCAAAAAUCAUCUACGACUGCUUCUUCUUAAGCUUAACAAUGCUCCAAAUGUUGGCUGCAUAUUUCAUGUUUAAUGAGAAUUGAAAUAGACAAUAAAGAAUGAAUAGUACGUUUGAAUCACACUUUCACAUUUUCCUCCAUAUUUUUCUCAUUCUCAUUUUCAAUUUCUUGUAUCGACAGCAGAGGCGCCAUACAUCGGACGA